AUGUCGCUACCUCACCGACUGCCGUUUGACUUGGAAGAUGAGAUGAUUAUCCGAAUGAAUAACCUAGCUGUAGAAGUGGAGAAAGACCAAGUAAUAUUCAAUUGGCCUACGUCCAUCACAUGUUUGUAUAGACGUACAAUCAUCAAGAACUUGCCAGGAUUUUCUGGUGACCUCCCAUUCAAGCUUGAAACUGGGUACGUUGGGGUAGGCAAUAAGGAUGAGCUGCAGCUGUUCUACUAUUUCAUUGAGUCAGAGAGGAGCCCAGAAAAUGAUCCUCUGCUGCUUUGGAUCACCGGAGGCCCUCGAUGCUCCGGUUUUUCUGGCCUCGUUUAUGAAAAUGGUCCAAUAUCUUUCAGUUUUACAAGUAUAACAAAGCAUCCAGUAGAACUUGUUUUGAAUCCAUACUCAUGGACAAAGUUAGCAAACAUAAUAUUUCUAGACGCUCCUGCCGGGACUGGUUUCUCUUACUCCACGGCAACAGAUGGGUACAACACUAGUGACACUAUUCAUGCAAAACGAGCUUCUGAGUUUGUUCAAAGGUGGCUUUUGACUCAUCCCAAGUUUCUUGCAAAUCCACUCUACAUUUCUGGUGAUUCGUACUCAGGCAAGAUUGUUCCGAUCAUUGUUCAAGAGAUAACUAAUGGUAUUGAAGCUGGAAUCUCGCCAUUUUUGAAUCUCAAAGGAUACGUAAUUGGCAAUCCAGUUACAAAUCGAAAAGAGGAAUUGAAUUCUCAAAUUGAAUACGCUCAUCGCAUGGCGCUUAUAUCAACUAGAAUGUUUGAGUCGACCAAAAGGAAUUGCAAGGGGGAUUACAUAGAUGUGGAUCCAAACAAUGAGCUUUGCCUCAACAAUCUUCAAGCUUUCGAGGAGUGCAUUAGCAGAAUUGAGGAGAGUCAUAUAUUGGCACCUGCAUGCGCUCCUGGUGUCGAUGAUGACAAUUUCUUAAGCUUUCCCUUUCCUGAACAACUGUGUCGGGUAGAGAGGCAACGGUACUCUGAGGUUUGGGCAAAUGAUAUGAAUGUUCGUAAAGCUCUCAACAUUCGGGAGGGAACAAAAGCUGAAUGGGCAAGAUGCAAUAGCUCAAUACCUUACAUAAAAGAUGUCCGAAGUAGUGUUGACUAUCAUCGAAACCUCAUGCAAAAAUCCCUCCGGGCUUUUGUCUACAGUGGGGAUCAUGACUUGAAAGUUCCCCAUAUAAGUACAGAGGCAUGGAUAGAAUCCUUGAGCUUGCCAAUUGUUGAUGACUGGAAACCAUGGUUCUCUAACAAUCAAGUUGCAGGAUACAGUGUUGGCUAUUCGAAUGGAGAGUAUCAUUUGACAUAUGCCACUAUAAAGGCAUGA